AUGAUCCCGGCGGAAAUCACCGGUUACUAUCAAUAUCUAUCGCCGGAAAACUUAGCAACAAUCCCGGCCGAGUUUAACAUAAUAAACAUGCCCUCAUCUCCAACAUCUUCCUCUUCCUUAAACUACCUAAACGAUCUCAUCAACAGCAACAACAACUAUUCCUCAUCAUCCAACGGCCAGGAUUUCAUGAUGAGCAACAACUCAGCUUCCGACGAAGAUCAUCAUCAUCAGAGCAUCAUCGUACUCGACGAGAGGAAACAGAGGAGGAUGCUUUCAAACAGAGAAUCUGCGAGGAGGUCGAGGAUGAGGAAACAGAGACAUCUCGACGAACUCUGGUCUCAGGUAAUGAGGCUACGUAACGAGAACAACUGUCUUAUCGAUAAGCUAAACCGCGUAUCGGAAACUCAAGAUUGCGUAUUGAAGGAGAACUCUAAACUCAAAGAAGAAGCCUCUGAUCUCCGACAGCUUGUUUUUGAACUGAAAUCUAACAAGAACAACAACAACAACAACAGUUUUCUGAAAGAGUUCGAAGAUAUUUAG